GGAGUUCUACUCCACCAGAGAGCAGGAAACUGCAGGCAAUAGAGACGGUACUCCUGCAUGAGUUCACCUUCACAUUUAUAACUACCCUCAAAAACAGCUAUUUAGCUUAUCCUCCGGAUUCCUUACAUCAUGAACGGGUCAGCAAUGUAUACUGCGCCUAUCGUGCUGGAUAUAAAGUUGAAAAGAGGACCACAAGGUCUGGGGUUUAACAUCGUUGGGGGUCUGGACCAGCAGUAUGUCCUGAAUGACACUGGGAUCUAUGUGGCUAAAAUCAAAGACAAUGGCGCUGCAGCCCUGGAUGGAAGAUUACAAGAGGGAGACAAGAUAUUGGCGAUUAACGGCCACAAGCUGGAGAACCUGUCACACAGUGCAGCGGUGGAGCUCUUCACGUCAGCAGGAGAGGACGUGCAGCUACGCGUACAGCAGAGGCCCACCAUGGUCAUGAAUGUUCCCACCAGUUCCAGACCUGACGCUGACUCUUCUGUCUCCUCCUUGGGAAUACUUGUGGCUGUCCUGGGAGCUGCUGCAGCCGUUACGUUCCUCUACAUGCGCUUCCAGCCACAACUGAGGAGGCACUUUUAACACACUAACUUUCUCCUCAAAGCAUUUUUUUUAAGAGCAAAAGCUGGGACUGAACUUUGCUGAAGGCAAAAAAAAAAGAGGAAGAAACAAACUAGGAAAGAAAAGUAAGCCACGUUUCCAAUUUAUAAUUGUUCAUAUGGUUAUAAUUAUAAUUAUUCACCCCCCCCCCCUGUGUAUUUUGUGAUUUAUCAUAGUUGCUUAAUUAACCCAAAUGCUAAAAGUACUUUGUUCUCUUGCCACAGGGAUAACGCUCAUGACGAGUUAACUUUGUCGUUGAAUAACAAAGAAAGAUGUAGGCUUCACAAUAAACAUGGCCAUCCUACUGCUGAGCUGUGCUCUUCAGACAGAAGGACUUGGCGGUUAAAAAGCGUGUUUAUUCCAAAUUUAUAUAAUUUUAUAUCCGUCAAGAGGGGAGAGAUUUAUUUGUAGAGUUUCUAGGCAGAGUUUGAGCCCUGACUCACUCUACCCGGCUCAUUAGUCUCGUGUUCUCACAGGGAGUUUUUUUUGGAAAGACCAUGUUGUGUUCAGUCAGAGGACCUUUGUAACUGAGUGGCUGAUCUGUUUUGGGGGAGCGCGGCUAUGAGAACUCACUCACUGUAUUUUGAUUUAGCUAGUCUGUUUAUACAGAUGCAUAUUAGCUAUGUGUUUUUGUUUUCAUAUUUCUGUUUGUUUAUGUUUUGUCCCCCCUGUCGUAAAACCGUCUCUAAUGUAGCAAAAAUACUUCCAGGUGCAGUAGCUGUAAAUGUGUGAAGGUAACGUUUGGGCUCCUGGCGUUGGGAGGUGAUUCAAACUGGUCACAAUGACAAGGUGGAUGUUCAAUCAGUGAUGUGCUGUGAACAUAGUAGCCUGGUCCCAGAUCUGGUGCCUCCUCCUGUAGCCUGGUCCCAGAUCUGGUGCCUCCUCCUGUAGCCUGGUCCCAGAUCUGGUGCCUCCUCCUGUAGCCUGGUCCCAGACCUGGUGUCUCCUCCUGUAGCCUGGUCCCAGACCUGGUGUCUCCUCCUGUAGCCUGGUCCCAUACCUGGUGUCUCCUCCUGUAGCCUGGUCCCAGAUCUGGUGUCUCCUCCUGUAGCCUGGUCCCAGAUCUGGUGCCUCCUCCUGUAGCCUGGUCCCAGAUCUGGUGUCUCCUCCUGUAGCCUGGUCCCAGAUCUGGUGCCUCCUCCUGUAGCCUGGUCCCAGACCUGGUGUCUCCUCCUGUAGCCUGGUCCCAGACCUGGUGUCUCCUCCUGUAGCCUGGUCCCAGACCUGGUGUCUCCUCCUGUAGCCUGGUCCCAGACCUGGUGUCUCCUCCUGUAGCCUGGUCCCAGACCUGGUGUCUCUUCUUGUAGCCUGGUCCCAGACCUGGUGCCGCCUCCUGUAGCCUGGUCCCAGACCUGGUGCCGCCUCCUGUAGCCUGGUCCCAGAUCUGGUGUCUCCUCCUGUAGCCUGGUCCCAGACCUGGUGUCUCCUCCUGUAGCCUGGUCCCAGAUCUGGUUGUUCUCUUGCCUAUUCCAUUGCUGUCCCUAUCAAGCCAAGGGGUUAGCAUGAUGGCACAAAUAGACUGGCACUGAGGUUGAUGUAAACCAGGCAUCUCUUUAGAGUGUAUGCCACGUUGUUGAGCAUGUCACCUCCCACGUGUUAUGUGUCUGAACGAGAGAUGGCAUUUUAAAUGCUUCCAGGUUCACAUUGAGGCUUAGGUUAUUGUUAAAAGUAUUGAAAGUAUUUUCUGUUAAUCUAAUCCAGAUGUGUGCAUCACGUAAACAGUAAUGGCCGUAGGCUACAUGUUUUAUGGAAAGGGACAUAUAUGUUCGCUUAAUCUAUUGCUUUCGUUUGUUUGCAACUGGAAAAACUAAAUAUUGUGACUUUCAAAGGAAUGACGAAAGGUCAAAGAACUCUAUGGGAAGCCAUUCUGUUGAUCCAGUGCUCUGAUAACGGCCUGAUGCUGCCACCUAGUGAACGUUUAGCAUUUCUGCAGCUCAUCCAAUCACUGUAACAGACACUGGACUAACUAGGUGUCAUAGGGUGUGCAGCAGGCCCUGUUUGUCAUAGUGUCUCCUCCUGUAGCCUGGUCCCAGAUCUGGUGUCUCCUCCUGUAGCCUGGUCCCAGACCUGGUGUCUCCUCCUGUAGCCUGGUCCCAGACCUGGUGUCUCCUCCUGUAGCCUGGUCCCAGACCUAGUGUCUCCUCCUGUAGCCUGGUCCCAGACCUGGUGUCUCCUCCUGUAGCCUGGUCCCAGACCUGGUGUCUCCUCCUGUAGCCUGGUCCCAGACCUGGUGUCUCCUCCUGUAGCCUGGUCCCAGACCUGGUGUCUCCUCCUGUAGCCUGGUCCCAGACCUGGUGUCCUAAAUGGCGCCAUAUUCCCUAUCUAGUGCAUUGCUUUUGACCAGGACCCAAUAGGUAGUGCUGCUGGAGCGCGAGGGAGCAGCGCUCUUUUCAAUUUGAGAAUACACAUAGCUGGUAAAAAAUAUUUCUGUAAAGUUACAACUGAUAAAUACUAAAUAUUUCAAAUUUAAUUACCGCAGAAAUUACAUGAAAAACCAAAUAAAUAUAUCAGCCUAAAGGUAACCAACUCGCUUAGUGCGCUGCCGAACUGCGGCAAAAAAAUAGGGCGGGUAUUGAGAACGGGCUAGGUGGCGUGUUCUUUCCUGGUCCAACACGCUCUGCGCUCACUUCGAGCGGGCCAAAACAUAACAAGAACAGACAGAAAACUAGAGGUGGUUACUAAAACGACUGUCCUCAAAACCCUUGUAAUGAACUCACCUUGUCUGAGUGUAGCCGAUGUCUUGCAAUAUCACAUAGGCCUAAUGAUUUAACUAGUAUUUUAUGUAAAAUAACCAAAUAUAAUAGCGUAGGCUAUAGCAUAGAAGAAGGCCUAUAUUACUGUAACACUAAAAAAAAAACUUAAUUAUACGCUUUUAGGAUCCACAUUAAAGCUGAGCAGUCACAUUUCUUUCCGUCGUGCGCUGUUGAGUUUUGACCGCGUGUACCACUAGGCAGUAUAUAGCCUACGCUUUCUAUGAUCGAAAACAAAACACACGAAAGACUAAUAGUUUAACACCGCCUGUUCUAAUUCGCUCACGAAACAGUAAUUCCUGAAUAUCUAAAUGCCUAUGGUAUUGGGUUUCACCUGUAUGUAGGUGUGUGACUCUGCUGAAUUAUAGAAAGUUCAUGAGUUCAAUAAGUAAGUGUGUCACUUGGACAGCGAUAAUAUAGCGGCAAUGUCAAUGCUGUGUGUUUUUUUUUUGAUGACGUUAGGGCACCUAUUAAAUUCAUGUUGAAUUUGCGUGCACCAGCAUGAGUCAUUUGUAAUGUAAAUUUAGACUGUUCUUGUGUCACCUUGGACUGGAGUCAGGACACUCAACUGGGCCUCAACCAGACUUGAGUACAGAAUAUCACCUCUCCAAACGGAUUGUUUGUUUCAAAUGGCAUGAAUGAUUAUUGGUGUAACAAAUGAAUUGCUGUGGAGUUUUAACCUAGUUUGGUUGCCAGAUCUCUACACUUUGUCCAUGCAACAAAAAUCAAGCUAGUAUGAAGAUAGAUGACAUGUAUACUAAAAAAAAAGCUGCCCUCUCUAUGUUUAUUCUGCUUCUAUGUUGUCCACCAGUUUGGUGCAGUAUAGUUCCCCUUUUGAUCGAAUGAAACCUUGCCGUAAAUUGUAUUUAAUUUGGUUAGUGAACUUAUGUGGAGCAGAAGACAUUGUUGCCCUAUUCUCACUUGACUUGACACUAAACGUUAGGGAACUAGAAUGAACAUUGGAAUUGGACUUGUGAUGUGGUGUAAUGAUUUUUAUGGGAAUAUAAGAUGAAAGAUCAAAUUUAAAAGCCUAACAAGUUAUGUUUUGUACUAGAUAUUUUCUAGACAAGGAGGAUGAAUUUGUAGCUGCUUUUAGGGCAGCUAAGUGGGGUUAAACCUGAGUGACAGUGUCUCUGUGCUAUCUUAUCGUUCCAUUGGCUCGACAUCGCGCAAUGGGAUGCCAUCGAGUAGAAGUAUUGUGUAUUUACUGUGGGCACUGACAAAACACUCGUAGAGCCCGUGGUGGGCAAGAAUCUAAAGGGAAAUAAUGGUAUUGUAUGGAGUCACAGGGGUGACACUAACAAUGACUAAUCUAGGCUGUGUCCCAAAUGGCUAUGUGCCAAAUGUGACCCUAUUCCCUAUGUAGUGCCUACAUAAGCCUCUGAUCAAAAGUAGUGCAGUAGAUAGGGAAUAGGGUGCCAUUUGGGACGAUACUAUGUAUUUGUUUUAAUUUAAAACACAUUAGGUGUCUGAAAUAAUGCGGCUUGAAAUAACUCACUUCCAUUAUCUUCCCUUUUUUAUUAAUUUUCUGUAAGAGACAUACUGAAUGCAGUAUUCAAGUUCACAAUUCAUGUACGUUUUGCCCUAUAUCGUUGUUAGCCAGUACUAUAUUUUUUUGGAUUAUCAAUGUUAUGCAUUGUAUAAUUUUUUUGCCUUAAAAUAAAGCAGUAUUUUGUUUUCAAAUUGAAUAAAACAAUCAAAUAAAUAAACCUCUUAUGGUCAGCAUAA